UCAGCUUCUGUCAGUUUUCAGUGAAAAAUAAAAUAACUCACAGGCAAAACCAGUGGUAUAAAUAAUGAUGCAGAGUGUGAGAUUUGCAUUUGGACAUAUCUGUUGGGGUCCCAUAAUCAUGUUGGCAUUACUUUCCAUGUACUGUCCCAUUCUAGAAUCUCAACUUUAAUAAAAAAAGUUUAAGCUGUUCUUGUAGAAAGAUGAUGCUGGGGCUAUGCCUACACCAGUGAUUCUCAGCAAGAUGCCAUGGCAUCCUUGGUGCAGCCAGAUCCUUUGAAGGGUGCUGUGAGAUGUGAAGAGAUGAUCUAGGUAUGAGUAGGUAAGCAGAUAGGCACAGGCUCAGGCCUGCCCCUGCUCCAAUUCCCCUCCACCCACUGCCUGGCCCCUCUGCAAGCAGGUAAGCACUACAAGAUGUAAAAUUGUUUUUGAAAUAGCUGCCACUCAAUUCAUAAAAGUUAUUGAGGAGUGCCUCAAGUCCAAAAUAGUUGAGAACCACUAGCUUAGGACCAUAGCAGCAGAGAGUUCAGUCACACCACUGAAGAAAUAAGACUGGCCCACCCACAAUGUUCCAGUGCAUCAACCUCAUAACUGAGCUCAAAAUCAGGGUUUUUGGUGUAUUCAAUUAGCAGUAUCUUGAAGCACCCCUUCCAGUUCUGACUGCCUUAAAUCUAGGAUUGAUAAAUCCUGCCCAUCUACUCUUGCUGCAUAAUCAUUUCUGCAAAAGCAUGACUGAGUUUUCUGCUACUUUAGCAAAGACAUAACUUAUGCUUUCUAAUAGAAUCUACAUUGAACCUAGAAUAGCAGCUCUGAGAGAUCUGCCAUGCUCUUUUCUCAGGGGUAUGCUAAUUCAGCAAUGCUAUAUUUCAGUAAACGUCUUCUGAACAACUGCACAACCUAGAGGGAUUGGCAUGGUGCUUUUGUAGGAGGGUCUCAAAAGAGCAUCAGCACCCUCCACAGCACCCAUCUGGCCUUUUGUGUGGAACUUAUAUGAUAUAAAUGCCACAAUUACCCUUGUGUGGCAGAGCUGUUAAUGUGUGUGCAUGUAACAAGUUAAGGUCAGGAGUGGUAAAACCAGCCCUGGCAUUGGAGUUCAAAUGAGGGAGGGAAGAAGGAUUUCAUUCAGUGAAAAUUCACUUUACCAAAAGAAAUAAAGCUUCCUGCAAUUAGGAUUUCCUCUCCUUCCAGGAGAGCUUGCUCCUGUUACUUUUCUCUGAGAUUCCAUAUUUCACAGCAGACAAUUGAGGCAAAUACCUUUUAUCCCAAAGGCACCUCCUCUGCUCCGGGGCAUGGUAAAGGGAACUUUAUCUUAUACCUCUACCACUAUUCAAAGACUGCCUUUGCAUAUUUUUUUUUUAUCAAGUCAGUGUUACAGAUAAUCAUGUUCCGAAUUUCAGGAGACCAGCAGAUCACAGGGAUCUGGACAGUAGUUGACUUUCCUCCUUAAAAGCAUUAUGUUGUACAGCAUGAGUGUUUGCAAGAGAAAGUACUGCCUGAGCAGACAUGAAUUUGUGCUGCGCAGCUGAAAGUACUAGCUCUGACUGUGCCCUACAGCCUCUGAAGCUCUGUUCUUUGAUUGCCCUUGAAUGGAUUAAAACUGAACACCUAUUCAAAAUGUUACCACUGGGGCAUAUUAUGAAGCUUUUACUGAAAUUUCCUCAAGUAAAAUUUGCUGUCAAUGGAAAUUUUUCUCCAAGUUACAUUUUCAGGCUACAAUAGUUAAACAGGCAGUACAAUACUUCACAGUACUAAAGCACUGAGGGUCUCAUGUUAAUGAAAUAGCCUCCCAGCACCGACAGACAAAAAUAUAUCCCAACUAAGUGGAAAGCAAUGCGCUGAAGGUCAGAUAAGACUAAGGAAUAAAUUGUAGAUGUCCUGUCACUCAGCCCUGUGCAUCGUUAGUGCAACCAUUAGUCCACACAUCUUCUAUAGAGAAUGCACAUGGAAAAGAGGCAAGACAAAGACAUGUCGAUGAGAGGCACUGCAUUGAAGUCUGUAAGAUAAGGGGUGAAGAUGAGUAAGUUUAGAUAAAGGGGUGAGGACUAGUAAGGUUAUAUAAAGGUAUGUGGGUGGGGAGGACACCCCACUAAAAAUACUCCCAAAGCUUUAGGGUACAUGCUUGUAUCAGAAAUGAAUGUGACUUGUGUUUUCAUUUCACUGAGUAUCCACCAUAGGGCUUUCCUUCAUGUUUAAAUUAUGUGAUGCAACAUAAUGCCAGCAGGUGCUUUCUACACUGAAAAACGAUCGGAGCAGAAAGUGUUUGGACUCCCCGCACAGCCCUCAGCCCUUGAAGUUACCAUGUAGCAUGCAAACCAGCUCAAAGAGGAUUCAGUGCAGUUCUGGCAUUGGGUAAUUUUUUGUGCUUGGCUGUGUGGAAAUAAAUAAAUGGGCACUGAAAAAGAGAGCAACCUCUAUUUUACUGAUGUGUACACAACACUAGGACUUCGACAUUUGUGACAAAAAGGGAAUAAUCAUCAUGCAAAAGAAAGGGAAAUGCGCCUUAGAGGUCAUCAUGGAAAAUGGUCAGUACAAACACAAAACUAAAUAUUUAUUUUAAACAAUGUGUGCAUUACUUGAUAUUUCUCAAAAUUGUAUAUUUGAUAUUUUUCUCAUGUAGGGAACUUCUAGUAACUGGCUUCCAAAAUUCAGAGAAAUAGUAGGGACUUCUAGCUAGUUAAAAUAAUUUAAUACAUAAUUAGAAAGGGCAUUUUCACUCGUCAGUCAGUAGUUAAGUGCUACAAGUAUAAAAUAUUGUAUGUAAAAACCCCACUGACCAAUUCAAUUAUUCAUCAUUCUUUGUCUUGCAGUUGGAAUGGAGAUUGAUGGACAAGUGCAAAGUGACCCAGAAAGCGAAGAAGAUGAGGAGGAAGAGGAGACAAUCCAAAGGCCCUGCUCAAGGGAAGCAAUCAAGUCAAGCAGACAAGAGAAGAAUCAGCAAAAUAAGGCAGUAGAUGAGAGUGAAGAGGAAGAUGAGAUUUUCCGGAGAAAAAGACUCACUAGAAAGAAAAAUCGCCGAGUGAAAAACAGUGGUGAGAAAAGUGAAUCGGAUAAAGCACCAAGUGGGAAGAGAGAGAGACACAGAAAAGCUGCUACCAAAGACCAAAAGGAGGCAGAAAAUAAGGAAAAGCAAACAAACAAGAAAGUGAAGGAUAAGGAUAAGAAAAAGAAAAAAGGCAAUGGAGAGAGCUCCUCUUCACCAUCUGCUUCCAACUCAUCUGAUGAAGAAUCUUUGUCAGAGGAAGAACUAGAAAGGCUCAAGGAGCAGGUAGAGGAAAAGAAAAAGCUGAUAUCCACCAUGAGGAACAAACCUUGGCGUAUGGCAAAGAAGUUAACAGUGCUCAGGGAGGCACAAGCUUUUGUAGAGAAGUUUGAAGGAGCCUUGGGAAAAGGAAAGGGCAAAAAAUUCUACGCAUAUAAGGUGAUGAUGGCAAAGAAAUGGGUGAAAUUUAAAAGAGACUUUGACAAUUUUAAAACUCAGUGUAUACCCUGGGAAAUGAAGAUAAAAGAGGUGGAAAGUCACUUUGGCUCUUCAGUAGCAUCUUACUUCAUAUUUCUGCGAUGGAUGUAUGGGGUAAAUCUGGUCCUUUUUGGUUUAAUAUUUGGACUAGUUAUAAUUCCAGAGGUCUUAAUGGGAAUGCCUUAUGGAAGUAUGCCGAGAAAAACUGUACCUAGAGCUGAACAAGCAACAGCCAUGGAUUUUUCUGUCCUUUGGGAUUUUGAGGGGUAUAUUAAGUACUCUGCUCUUUUUUACGGCUACUACAACAACCAACGGACAAUUGGAUGGUUAAAAUACAGGCUGCCAAUGGCAUAUUUCAUGGUUGGAAUUAGUGUAUUUGGCUAUAGCUUGGUGGUUGUUAUAAGAACGAUGGCCCGCAAUGCCAAUGAAAGCACAGGUGAUGGGGAUGACAAUGAUUUCAUUUUCAGCUGGAAAAUGUUCACUAGUUGGGACUACCUCAUUGGCAACCCAGAGACAGCUGACAACAAGUUUGCAUCUAUCACAACCAGCUUCAAGGAGUCUAUUGUGGAUGAGCAAGAAAGUAACAAGGAUGAGAACAUUCAUUUGAGAAGAUUCCUUCGAGUUCUGGCAAACGUGCUCAUCAUAUGCUGCUUAUGUGGAAGUGGUUACCUCAUUUAUUUUGUGGUGAAACGGUCUCAGACAUUUUCAAAAAUGCAAAACAUUGGGUGGUAUGAGAGAAAUGAGGUUGAAAUUGUGAUGUCUUUGCUAGGAAUGUUUUGUCCUCCACUGUUUGAAACCAUUGCUGCCCUAGAGAAUUACCAUCCUCGCAUUGGACUGAAAUGGCAGCUGGGACGGAUCUUUGCUCUGUUUCUGGGGAACCUCUAUACCUUUUUACUGGCAUUAAUGGAUGAUGUCAAUGAAAAGCUAACUGAAGAAGAUGUAAUAAAGAACAUAACACAUUGGACCCUGCUUAAUUACUACAACUCAUCUGCAGUCAACAAUAGUACAUUUAGUCCACCUCCUAUUGACCCAGCAGAUGUGCCAAGAGGACCUUGCUGGGAAACAACUGUUGGCAUUGAGUUUGUGAGGCUCACUGUGUCUGACAUUCUGGUGACUUAUGUAACCAUCCUUGUGGGAGAUUUCCUCCGUGCUUGUUUUGUUAGAUUUAUGAACUACUGUUGGUGCUGGGAUCUGGAGGCAGGAUUUCCCUCUUAUGCUGAAUUUGAUAUCAGUGGCAAUGUGUUGGGCUUGAUCUUCAAUCAAGGAAUGAUCUGGAUGGGAUCCUUUUAUGCACCAGGGCUUGUUGGUAUAAAUGUGCUGCGUUUAUUAACCUCCAUGUAUUUUCAAUGCUGGGCUGUUAUGAGUAGCAAUGUUCCUCAUGAGCGUGUUUUUAAAGCAUCCAAAUCCAACAAUUUUUAUAUGGGACUCUUACUACUCAUCCUGUUCCUAAGCCUACUGCCUGUGGCCUACACCAUAAUGUCCCUCCCUCCUUCCUUUGACUGUGGACCAUUCAGUGGAAAGAAAAGAAUGUCUGAUGUAAUUCAAGAGACCAUUGAGCUUGAUUUCCCAGCUUUUGUAGCCAAGAUCUUCAGUUACGUGGCAAAUCCAGGACUGAUUAUACCUGCAAUUCUGCUUAUGGUUCUAGCCAUCUACUACCUGAAUGCAGUGGCUGAAGCAUAUCAACAUGCCAAUGCAGAACUGAAGAAGAAAAUGCAAAUGCAACGUGAAGAGGAGAAAAAUAAGAGGAACAACAAAGCUACCACUAACUUGGCAACACAAGAUUUAGAGGACUUUCUCACGCCAAGUGCAAAGAGUGGGAGUCAGUCCCAACCAACAGCAGAUACCAAAUCAGACUCUACUAAUAAAAACAGCCCAGGAGCUAAAGAAGGAAGUAAGGCAAAAAACAGCAAUGCAACUUGCCCUGGAAGAGGAGCAACCAUGGCACCACCCCCUCAUGUGACAAUAACACAACCACCUAGACAAAGUAUAAAAGCAUCUUCCCCUGGCCGGGCAAGCUUUGGGACUUCUCCGCAGGGACUGCGCCCUGGAACAAGGAAGGGGCAGCCAUGCAAUUAACAUCUAAAAUAGGUUAGGGGAUAAUUUUAUCAUUUUUCAUUAAAAAACACAUUGGGUGAGCAAUUAUAGAUUAAUAAAUUAUUGUACAUUUAUCAUUAAGCUUAAAAUAACAGCCUUAUUUAACAAUCAAGAGCACAUUGGACUUGUGAACAUACAAUGGUUACAUUAGCUCAGUUGUUCAUUUGCCAACUGAGGUAGAGGAGACAGUUUGGCUGAAUGCAGACCAAUCACUACUUGUCAAAUGACAAUCAUUACAGCUACUGAUAAGAUUCAUGUACAAUAUAGGACCAAUAAUGGCUGCUGUUUAUCUCCUGGAGUUUGAAGAGUUUGUAAAACUAGGAUGAGUUUGAACUCAACCCUUUCCCCUAGCCUUUAACACUAUACUAUUUCCCCUGGCAGAGAGAGCCAGUUUUCCAACUGAAAUCCUUAUGUCUUUCUCACUGUAGGAAAGCCUGUGCUUGGGAAAGAAGAAUCUUGCUGAAGCUAGGUUGGCUCAAAUGAAAGUCCUGUCUAGCAUUGCUUAUUCAUCAUUAUUUCUCUGUUUAUUCCCAACCUCUCUUCACUUCAGCUGCACCUUUUACUCCUUUUGGUUUUCCCUCUCCCAACUCUUCACUAUGCCAACACCCCAUUCCCUCCUAUUUGUAGUUCUGUUGCUGCUCUUUAUACAGGCUUUUUUUAGCAGUUAGUGGCAGCAAUUCAGCAGUAAGCAAUAAGCAUGCAUGAUCAUUCCUUUCUUGGAAGAAAGUAUGUUUAGACUAGUUCAAGGAGACAGAGACUGGAAGUAUCUUGGUCUGUCUCAAAGAGUCUGAUUAAUUAUUUUGCCUCAUCAGAAAUACAAGUGGGUACUUUGGAGUUAGGUAUACCCUGAUUUACCACGGCUAAGACUUGCAUAAGUGUGGUGGCUGAUGUGAUACAGGACCUUUCUAGAGAAUAAUACUUUUACAUACCUGCCAUAAGUUGCCAGUAUGCUUACAAAAUCCCUGCUGAGCCUGCGAGUCGAACAAAGAGCUCUGAGAAGAUGUUCUUCUCUGUGUGUUGUUGUUUGCUUAACUUUUCUAUGAAAUAAACUGAUGCUUUAGACUGAAACCAGAAUUCAAAGUAGACACUUCCAGAUGUUUUGCUUGACUUAGAUGGGGCAUGCUUUCCCUUCAGCUCUCCAUCCUACUUCAACCUACCAUCAUUUGAAAGGGAUAGAGCUGGUGGCAGGAUGAUUUUACUGUAGGCAUGCACUUAAUUUAUUUGAUAGAUUCCAGACUUUUUGACCUUCAGUACAUGAAAGCCUUCUCCAUUUUCCCAGGUUCUCUCUGGAAUGACUUCAGAAGAGUAGAGAGGAGCAGUUAGAGAUGUUAGUCUAAAGUUAGGCAGAAGGCAAGGCAAGGUGGUUUGUGUUAAGUAUGGUCUCAGAAUGGUCUUAUCCCACUACCUGGAAUAGCUUUUAUAAUCCCUAUAUAUAUAUAUCCAUCAAUUAUUAAUUGUUUUCUUUAUCCCUUUUGAUCUCUUCAACCCACUUAUACCUCUCAGCAAGGUGCCUUCUUACUUCCUCCUUUAUCUAUGCUACAUGUUUUAAUGACUUUAUUCCUUUCCAUUUAGUAACUCUGGUCAUUGCAAGUCCAUUCAUACCAUCUGAUGAAGUAGGCUGCAACCUACAGAAGCUCAUGCCUCUUUCAGUGAGUUACCCUAUGAGAAUACUACUCUGCCUUCUGUUUUAGACUAUAAGAGCAUUGGAUGUGAAGUAGGUUAGGAGAAGGAUUAAUUGUUUUAUUGAUUUGGCUCUAUUUAUUGUAUGUGUGUGCUUUACAAAGAACAUAAAAGUAGCUAGAAUGCUAGAGGUGCUUCAAAUAAAUCAAAAUGAUACAAUCAAAGGAGAAUGAAUUUGGAUUAUUUCCUCCAAAACCUUGGUUCAUCCGUUCCUUUUCAAACAUAGAACACUGAAGCCAUUAUUUUGAUACUCAGAUAAUUACUUUGACACUCACUCUUCAGCAAGGGGAGUGAAUAUCAUAAUGGUUGACAGAUCAUAGCCUCCAAAGAACACACCAUCUUUCCCCAAGAUUA